AUGGUCCUCUACUUUGCCGAAGCUGAGCAUUACGACGCAACAUCCGAUGGAUCUUGUACUGCAGCUGACAUGGCGGCGGCGGGAGACUAUCCAACUUGGGUGGUUGUCCUCCUUGUCAUUGUGAGCCUUCCCACCAUCUUGUGGUUCGUCUUGUACAGUCUUCCUCAAAUGUACAUGGCAUUCCGCCCCGUCCCUGAUUUGAAAAAGAGAUAUGACGCCAAGUGGGCGCUAGUGACUGGUGGAGGUUCUGGUAUUGGAAAAUCAAUUGCGUUCAAGUUGGCCAAACAAGGAUUGAAUGUUGUCAUUGUUUCCCUGGACGACAAGUUCUUGAAGGAAACCAUGACACAACUCAAAGAACAAUUUCCUGAUUUGGAGUUUCGCUCGGUCGGUGUCAACUUUGCUCCAGGAGUCGACUAUUUGAAGGCAAUUUCAGAGGGCACCAAGGACAUUGAAAUUCCAAUCAUCUUCAACAAUGCUGGCUUCUUGGUGACUGGAUUCUUUGAUCAGGCUCCUCUUGGGAAACUACUGGUGAACAUGGAAUGCAAUGCUACUGCUGCAGUAAAUAUCUCCCAUCAUUUUGCCGGCAAACUUGUCGCUAGCAAGAAGAAGGGAUGCAUCGUCUUUACUAGUAGUGUCGCCGGAUUCAUUCCCACACCCUUUAGUGGCAUGUACGGUGCCACCAAGGCUUUUGUCAGCUCCUUGGCUUGCUCUCUUCAUAUUGAGCUUCAAAGUUUGGGCAUUGAUGUUUGCGCUAUUCAUCCAUCACCAGUAUCGAGUAACUUUUAUGCCAAUUUGGAUCACAAGGUUGACCUGAUCGAGUCGGCGUCCAAACAAGCUGUGUCACCAGAUGCUCUUCCGGACGAUAUCUUUCGCAGUAUUGGAGUCUGUGCCCUUCGUGAUUUGGGAGGUCUCGCCUUGGGAAGCCGUAUGGGAACUUGGUUCCUGCCUUUUAACUUUUUCACUGAAGUCUUUGCCGCGGCUGCUCCGUUCUUGCCAGAUUGGAAGACACACAACAAGGCUCGCGAGUAG